AAUCAGUUACGGUUGAAGCCACAAGAACGAGCGAGCUGUUGAAUGUGGAAUUGUAUCCGAUUUUCUGCGGAAUAUUUAAUAUCGAUAUUGUUUUAUCACCUCGAGAACCAGUAUACAGAUGCUACGCUAUAGGUCAAUACGAUAGCGCUAGCCGGCCAAUGUAGCGGCAGGCCACGGCGCGCAUGAAACCAUACUCGAUGGAUUCAAAUCAAGGUUUCCUGUAAGGUGUCCUCCCGCUGCCUCUUCGGAUAUAUCAUUUUAAGAAACUAGCACGGAAAUCUCGUAUUUUGUCGAGCCAAACGAAAAAAUUACAUUGUCUUAAGUUCAGAAAUAAAGGAAUAAUUUCAGAUGCUGGGAUGACACGCUCACUGUCCGAGGAUAUCUGAGGAUAGCACCGUAUUUACUUUUGAUGCAACUGGCAAGCAGUACUUGCCGUUUGCUCAUUAUAAGAUAGUUAUUUCCCGGGCCAGGUAGAGGCCAUACCUUCUGGAUCUAUGGCGUCCGGAUCUAUACGUUGUGUUGCUUAGGAUAUCAUUCGUGUUGAUUUUUGUGCCUAGGAAAUUUGGAUGCAUGUCUACAGAGAAUGGAUUACAGGCGAUCAGCCCGCUACGGAGACUGUCUAUCUUAUCACUGCGGUCGCGCAACUCUGUCCACGUUUCCCAAGAUGAGAUCCUGCUCUUAGAUGACUGUAGACGGAUGGUGAAAGACGUUAACAAAAGCAUUGCGGCCUUCAAGGUGAUGUUGCAGAAUAUAGGAACGGGGGAGCAUGACACGCCAGAACACAGAGAAGACAUUCGGAAGGUGCGACGGAAAGCUCUCGAUUUCUGCCGGAAAGCCAAGACGAGAAUGCUACCUGCUGUCCGCAACACUUCCCAAGAACAGAACAAAGACCUCUAUAGAUAUUUCAACCAGCUGAUACACUGUAUGCAAAUUUUCGUUAUUGAGCUGAAGAUCUCCUUUCGCCUGUCGAAGCAGUUUCCAGUGAAGCUCGAGGAGAAGCCACCGGCUGAGAAGACGCCUCUCCAAACAGGUAUGCCCAUAGCUGGCGAACAAAUUCAGAUCAAAAUCAGUGACACCUCCAAUGAGAUCGUGACGUAUGAUGAGAUCCCCAGUAUAGAUGACCUUGACCCUAUGAUGGAACCUGCUGAUUAUGAUGACCCAGAGUUAGGCAGGAUUAGCAAGGAAACUAGGGAACUGCUUGAUUUGUUCUGUGAUAUCGAUGACCUUAUACCAAAUACACAAAUUCCAGACGACUUAGAUUUAACUGGUGAGCUCCAAGGACGGAAGGUGAAAACAAAGCCUCGUGACCUCAUCAAGAAAAGCAAUCGCCUCAUGUCGUGUUGUACGUGCACUCGAGAUUAUAUAUGAUCCGACCUUCAGAACUAUCAUACAUACAUUGUAUGAGAGAGUUUAAGCAUAGUCCUGGUUGAGACCUACGUCAACGUUGUUAAGCCUUGGCACAAACCUACGUUUGCUUUCGUAAUAAUGGCAAUGAAUACGUCAGAUAGUAUUAUUGCUUAAUUUACACAAGCAUGAUUGGUUCCUGGUGUCAACAGUUUGCUCACUUUCAACAGCGAUGAUAGGCUAACACCGUAGUCGUUCUAUAGGACGUUGCGAAACCUCUCUUUUGUGACGUAGACCCUCAAGACAGAAAUAAUAUGCGGUUUUAGAACUAAUAGAUGAAAUAUUUUGCUAUGAAAUGUUCAGAUGUAUGAUAUUUAAUGUAAUGUGUGUUAAAAAUGUGGGCACGACAGCAUUGCAGUUGGAACCAUCACAAGUAGGAGCUGAACCCCCAAGGGUUGGGACUUGAGACUUCCGGAACACAGUAGCUAUUAGGGAGGUUAAGAUUUCGAUAAGAGAACGAGGAAGAGGUCCGUGGCAUUUUGUCGAUGGAUAUCGCGUUACCUGUUGUCAGAAACGCACUUUCACUUUGUGAAACUUGACCUGCCUUCUGCCCAACCCUUAACCCUUCGCCACGAUGGCUGGGAUGUGCAUCAUCACACAGUGUUACAGGCGUUACAAUAGAGACAUCUAUAUUUCAGAAACGAAUUGAUCUCGAUGAUCGAUUAUUACAUAGCAGCUUCAGCUAAAUUGUAAAGCUACACAAAGCGAUUUGCACCAAAAGUACGUUAACCAAAUCAUUAUUUGAAACGAUGUUGACGGGCUGUUUCAGCAUUUCUCUACAUGAUCAACAGACUGCGCUAUUUCUUUUGCAGUAACGUUCUCUGUUGCUUCCCGUAACAAGAUGAUAAUAGUAUAAAUGUUGUCAUUUAAUACAUGUACAUGUAUGUUAAUUAAAAGCAAUAUCGUAUUUUGUUGUAUCUUAUAAAGCAGAGAUGCUUCCUUUCAAGAGCUACAACCAGCUGUACUCUAUAUCAGAAUGAGGCAAUGUACAGGUUUACAUAUUUUUUUAAUGAAAUGAAACAGAGCUGUCGUUCGAAUAGUGUGAACUCUGCUUCGUUAUAAGUCUAAGGAACGCGCCGAGAUACAUGUAUAGGUGGAUUUAUCACCGUCAAACCGAACCCAAAAAUGGGCCAUCAUAUGUAUGAGAGAUGCUUCCCGAAUAUCAAACUGUUGUCAAGCUUGCAACUUACUGAAUAGAAAUAGAAAUCGAUCAAGAAAUACUUCCAUUGCCAGAGAGUGCAGAGGAAUGGGAUGUAUGGGGAAAAACUUGUUACCUAGUGAACGAUAUGCCUGUGGCGUAAUAAGUUGGAAAUGGAAGUGCAUUUUUGACAUUUGCUAGGCCUACUUCAGAGGCAAAAUCUUGCUAGGGUUGAGUGGCCGAUUUUAGAGUUAUCAUAGAUUUGUUAUAGAGUUAUUCUACCACACGUAUCUGAUGGUAACUCAGUAUAUCUACGGUGUAUAUACUUAUAUGACAUUUGCUACCUUCAGUGGCAAGAUCUUGCUAGGGGUGAGUGUAGGGGUAAAUGGCCAAUUUUAGAGUUAUUUGUCUACAGUACGUAUCUGAAUGUAGCUCAGUAUACAUACGGUGACCAUAGGGAUCACACUUAUGAGUUUAUUUUUUCAGUUAAACACUGGGUGAUGCUUCUCAAAAUGCCGGCAUUUGAGAAAGGAUAUACAAUUAUCGUUUAGGUAUGCUUGUACAAUAAAACAAUAUAGUAUAAAUCAAAAUGUAAAUUUCUAGCUUUAUAACUAUCAGUGUGUAUAUUAAAAAAAGAUACGCGAACUCGUAUCCUAAACUUGUAUCGUAUUCGUUGGCCUAUUGACUGUAUAUGAACAAAGCCUCUGGUAACUUUUAAUGUUGUGAGAUAACUUAACUUGUUUACAUUCGCUUGAUGUUUUAAGAUGCAUCACGAUAUAUACCUCAACAACUUACCGGUCAUUGAACCAGUUUCUCGAUACUCACCCUUCUGCGAACAAGUAAUAUAUUAUUGCAAGUUUGAGCUCUGAUUUCAAAUCGAUCACAUAGAUGGCUAACUCUAAGCUCUACAUUGUAUUUGCAAACGCUCGGCAUCGUUUUAAUCAAAUAUACCUUGCCAUAAUAUAACUAACAAAUUUGACGUAGCAACAUGACCCUUUUCAUCAGAGGCGCAUGAUGGAUAGUUCACAUUUAAGUCGUGUCGAAAAUGAGGCACCGGGCCUGUUCGCGGCCUCCUUGUCUCUAAUGUCUACAUGUACAUACAGUCUAUGGCACAAGUUUAUCUUCACCGUGGAUGUACAUGUAUGCGCCAGAUACAGGGUUUUAGGAAGUUGGCCCCAUUUCGCUUGUCUCUGGUCAGUUUGUCGUGCAAAAAACAUUAUUCUCAGUUUGUCGCGCAAAAAGCGUUAUUUCUAAAAUAAAUGGGCACGAUAGUAGCCCAUUAGUAGCCUUCUUUUGGGGACAAAGUAUUGGUUUAGCACUGUAGGGUCUGGUCGUCAAUUCUCGAAGGGAAAAUCUCACUUUUCCAGGGCUAGGUUGGUUUCAAUUGCUACGUGUUGUGACAAUUGCAUCAAAGUUUCAAAUAUAAUGUAAAAACCCACAGUGUAUUGUUUUGAUUGGUCAGGGCUACCCUGAUCUCAGUCAGUGGUAAAACCUUAGGUCCGUAUUUUGGAGUUACAUUUUCCCACCUAGUGAAGCUAUUCUAAAGUGACACAGAAGACGUACCACUUGCAUAGCUAGCUAGUCAGUCAUAAAAUAGUGCGGAAAAUAAUUUCAUCAUACGUUCAUCAAAAAGACUUUGGAACGACGUCGAGUUUUACCAAAUCAUUGCUGGUGUGUUCAUAACACAUUAAACCACCCAUUGCCGUUAAAAUAUUUUGGUGUUAUCUCCUAACAGUAGCAGUUUAUUAAGUAUUCAACUACUUCUUCAGCAACGCGAUUUUAGGGAGGUUCCACUGCAGUUAAACGCCAAGUUAAAGUUAACGUUUAACUUUGAACCAUGGCCAAAAUUGUAAAUCGGCCGUUAUGAUCAAUAGACUCGCGAACCAUCAGUUUUAUCUGCUUGAUUAGCCAAAAUGAUGAUCAUGUAAACAAU